CGCUCCAUCAUCAGAAAUCAAAGAGCGAUGGAGGUUGGUAAAAAGAGUUCAUCGGCGAUGGAGGCAUUUGAGAAGCUUGAGAAGGUGGGUGAGGGUACUUAUGGGAAGGUGUACAGAGCGAGAGAUAGGGUUACUGGUAACAUUGUAGCGCUCAAGAAGACCAGGCUUCACGAGGACGAAGAAGGUGUUCCUCCAACUACUCUCCGUGAGAUCUCACUCCUCCGAAUGCUCUCUAGAGAUCCUCACAUUGUCAGACUGAUGGAUGUUAAACAAGGCCUCAACAAAGAAGGAAAGACCGUUCUUUAUUUGGUGUUUGAGUACAUGGAUACUGAUGUCAAGAAAUUUAUUCGUACUUUCCGCGCAAAGGGUGAAACCAUUCCCCCUAAAAUUGUUAAGAGUUUGAUGUACCAGCUCUGCAAAGGGGUUGCUUUCUGUCAUGGCCAUGGUGUCUUACACAGGGAUCUGAAACCACACAAUCUUCUGAUGGACCGUAAGACAAAUGUGCUCAAAUUAGCAGAUUUUGGGCUUGGCAGAGCUUAUACUCUGCCCAUCAAGAAGUAUACCCAUGAGAUAUUAACCCUGUGGUAUAGAGCCCCUGAGGUUCUUCUUGGAGCUACUCAUUACUCCACAGCAGUUGACAUGUGGUCCGUUGGUUGUAUAUUUGCUGAACUUGUCACAAACCAAGCCCUCUUCCCAGGAGACUCUGAGCUGCAACAGCUGCUACACAUUUUCAGGUUGCUAGGUACUCCUAACGAAGAACUCUGGCCCGGGGUGAGCAAGUUAGUUAACUGGCAUGAAUACCCCCAGUGGAAACCACAGCCACUCUCAACUGUUGUACCUGGUCUAGAUGAAGAUGGGUUUCACCUUCUCAAUGAGAUGCUGCACUAUGAGCCGUCUAAGAGGAUUUCAGCAAAGAAAGCUAUGGAGCAUCCCUAUUUUGAUGAUCUCGACAAGACUCCUCUCUGAAGUCUGCACAUGACCCAUCUGUUGAAGUUCAACUUGAUAACUAAUUUCAACAAAUCCAUCUAACCCCCCUCAUCGCAAGCUUUUAUUGCUUUUCUCAAGCAUCUUUUAGUAGUAUCAAUUAAUAUGAUUAGUAUGAUGGUGAUGCAUUUCACCUUAAAACCUUGUCUUUCGAUAUUAAUCGGAUCAAUGUAAGCACAAUUAUGUGCAAUGAUACAUUUUGCUAUGGCAUACUUGAAGUUCUCAGCUGCA